AGGUUUCACACAAGACACCCGCGCGUGAGCGACAGCUGCCCGGAGCCUGGACCUUCUCCCAGACCAGCAAAAGUUUCGACGAACACUAACUUUCGGACCUAAGAUUCAAGGAAAACCUUUUUUUCUGGCUGAGAAAGAGCACAACUGAGAGACCCUGAAGUGGUGGCAGCCCUCCUUCAGCAGAAUGUCAAGAUGGCGAGCCUGCUCCCUCCCACAGGUGCCGAUGUGUUCCACCCCUUCACUUUGGAGUCGCUCGCCGAGAUCGAGCAGCGGAUGGCAGAAGAAGCCACUGAGCAGGAGCAGAUGAAGGCCAUGAAUAUCGAGGUGCCUGAGGAGGAUCUCCCCAAACCCAGAGGUGAUUUGGAAGCAGGAAAGGUCCUACCAUUCAUCUACGGAGACCCUCCACCAAAUCUCCUCAAUGUUCCUCUUGAAGAGUUGGAUCCAUUCUACAAAGCAAAAAAAACAUUCAUCGUGGUCACCAAAGGGAAUACAAUAUACCGAUUCAAUGCUGAACCUGCAUGCUACAUUCUAAGUCCAUUCAACCCUAUCCGACGAGUGGCCAUAAGGAUACUCAUACAUUCAUUAUUUAGUAUGUUCAUCAUGAUAACCAUCUUGUCAAACUGCGUGUUCAUGACGAUGGGUGACCCUCCAGCAUGGAAUAAAAUAGUAGAGUACGUUUUUACUGGCAUCUACACAUUUGAGGCGCUUGUAAAGGUGCUCUCCAGAGGCUUCUGCAUUGGUGAUUUCACAUUCCUGAGAGAUCCGUGGAAUUGGCUGGAUUUUAUGGUCAUCUCCAUGGCGUACAUCACAGAGUUUGUGGACUUGGGGAAUAUAUCUGCUUUGAGGACUUUCCGUGUUCUUCGGGCCCUAAAAACAAUUACUGUAAUCCCAGGUCUUAAAACCAUUGUUGGCGCCUUGAUUCAGUCGGUGAAGAAAUUGGCGGAUGUCAUGAUUCUCACUGUCUUCUGUCUCAGCGUGUUUGCUCUCAUUGGUCUACAACUGUUUAUGGGAAAUUUGCGGCAAAAGUGCGUCAAGUCUUUUGACUGGAGCAACAGUAAUAACCUGACCGUGCUCUUCAAUCACACGGAGAUCAAUGGCACUGAAAAAGCCAACAGCACAUUCAACUUUCAGGAAUAUAUUGAAAAUCCAGAAAACUACUACUAUGUGCCUGGGCAUAUGGAUCCGUUAAUUUGUGGUAACAGCUCUGAUGCAGGGAAGUGCCCUGAGGGGUACACUUGCCUGAAAGCUGGCCCAAACCCAAAUUAUGGCUACACUAGUUAUGACAGUUUUGCAUGGGCUUUCUUAGCCCUUUUCCGGCUAAUGACUCAAGAUUUCUGGGAGAACUUGUUCCAGUUGACACUCCGUGCAGCAGGGAAGACGUACAUGAUCUUCUUUGUAGUCAUCAUCUUCUUGGGUUCGUUCUACCUCAUCAAUCUGAUUCUGGCUGUGGUGGCCAUGGCGUAUGCUGAACAGAAUGAAGCCACCAUUGUAGAAGCAAAAGAGAAGGAGGAAGAAUAUGCAAAAAUCCUGGAACAGCUCAAGAAACAAGCUGAGCAAAAGAACAACAUGGUCAAUGGCAGUAAGACAUCAUUAUCUAGCAGAAAGAAAGGUGAUGAUGACCAAAUUCAGAACGACUUUGAUGGGAUCGCUUUGAAACCUCUCUCAAAGUCAAAUGGAUCCAUAGGCAGCAUGAAUUACUUAGAAGUCCCUAACUCGCAGAUGAGAAUACCAAGUGCAGUGAGCUCUACAGACAAUGCUUUAGAUGGUAAGUCCACAUUUCACUUGUUGAGUUCCACAACAAUUAAAGAAAUCAAAUCAUACUUUUGUGUUUUGUGUAUUAAAAUACUUUCAUCAAUAGAGCUGGAGGAUAUUCAAAGGCCGUGUCCUCCCUGCUGGUACAAGUUUGCUGACAUAUUCCUGAAAUGGGAUUGCUGCUUGCCAUGGGUGAAAUUCAAGAAGUUUAUCUACCUAAUUGUAAUGGACCCUUUUGUGGAUCUGGGCAUCACCAUCUGCAUUGUGCUCAACACUGUGUUCAUGGCUAUGGAGCACUAUCCUAUGACUCAACAUUUCGAACACAUGUUGACAGUGGGGAACCUGGUGUUCACUGGUAUCUUUACAGCAGAGAUGGUGCUAAAACUUAUUGCACUGGACCCAUAUUAUUACUUCCAAGUUGGCUGGAACAUUUUUGACAGCAUAAUUGUGACCAUGAGUCUGGUGGAGUUGGGCUUAGCCAAUGUUGAGGGCUUAUCUGUGCUGAGGUCCUUCCGUCUGAUGCGUGUGUUCAAGCUGGCAAAGUCUUGGCCAACACUAAACAUGCUGAUAAAAAUCAUUGGUAAUUCUGUGGGUGCUCUUGGGAACCUGACCCUUGUCCUGGCCAUUAUUGUCUUCAUCUUUGCUGUGGUGGGGAUGCAGCUUUUCGGAAAAAGCUACAGGGACUGUGUGUGUAAGAUCUCGGAGGAUUGUGAGCUCCCUCGUUGGCACAUGACAGAUUUCUUUCACUCGUUCCUCAUCAUCUUUCGCAUUCUGUGUGGGGAAUGGAUCGAAACAAUGUGGGACUGCAUGGAAGUGGCUGGCCAAGGCAUGUGCAUCGUCGUCUUCAUGAUGGUCAUGGUUAUAGGAAACCUAGUGGUGUUGAAUCUCUUCCUGGCUCUGCUGCUCAGCUCCUUCAGUGGAGACAACCUGGCAGCAUCUGAUGAUGAUGGGGAGAUGAACAAUCUGCAGAUUGCCAUUGCUAGAAUGACAAGAGGCAUUGACUGGGUCAAGGCCUUCGUUAUCGGACAUUUCACACAGUUUCUGGGACUGAAGCCAAAGGAAGAGGGUGUGAAAGCAAACGAAGAAAUCGAUUCUAAAGUGGCCACCAUGAAUUCCAGUCUGUCCGUUAUAAAAGUGCCUAUAGCCAACAGUGAAUCGGAUGAUGACGAUGAUGGCAACAGUUCUUCUGAGGAUGAAGACAAAGAAGAUGUCAAUAAAAAUAGUAAAAAGACAGAUGGAGAUGAAUCAUCAACCUGCAGCACAGUGGACAGACCUACUGAAGUAGUAGAGGUGGAAGAAGAGGAAGAAGAGGACUCCACCAUCCCUGAGGACUGCUACACAGAGAACUGCAUCAGGCGAUGUCCUUGCUUGGAGCUUGACGUCACCCAAAGUAAAAGGAAGGCAUGGUGGAAUUUCCGUAAAACCUGCUUCUCCAUUGUGGAGCACAGCUAUUUUGAAACUUUCAUCAUCUUCAUGAUCCUCCUCAGCAGUGGAGCUUUAGCAUUUGAGGACAUAUACAUUGAACAACGAAGAGUGAUUAAAAUCAUUCUUGAAUAUGCAGAUCAGGUCUUCACCUAUGUUUUUGUCAUUGAGAUGCUUCUGAAAUGGGUAGCCUAUGGCUUCAAGGUCUAUUUCACAAAUGCAUGGUGUUGGCUGGACUUUCUCAUUGUUGAUGUGUCCCUAAUCAGUUUGACUGCAAAUAUCUUAGGCUACUCUGAACUGGGGGCCAUUAAGUCUCUCAGGACUUUGAGAGCGCUGAGACCUCUUCGAGCUCUCUCCAGGUUUGAAGGAAUGAGGGUGGUGGUGAACGCCCUGUUGGGGGCCAUCCCAUCCAUCUUCAACGUUCUCUUGGUCUGCCUGAUCUUUUGGCUCAUCUUCAGCAUCAUGGGAGUCAACCUUUUUGCUGGAAAGUUCUACUACUGCUUCAACUCAACGUCCGAAGAAGUUUUCCCCAUCACUCAGGUCAACAAUAAGAGUGAGUGCUUCGCGCUCAUAGAGGCUGAUCCAAAUGUGCGAUGGAUGAAUAUGAAGGUUACCUUUGAUAACGUAGGCAUGGGAUACCUCUCCUUACUGCAAGUGGCAACAUUCAAAGGAUGGAUGGACAUCAUGUAUAGUGCUGUGGAUUCUCGUGAAGUUGAAAUGCAGCCGGACUACGAGUCAAACCUCUACAUGUACAUUUACUUUGUCAUCUUCAUCAUUUUUGGCUCUUUCUUCACUCUUAAUCUAUUUAUUGGUGUCAUCAUUGACAAUUUCAACCAACAAAAGGCAAAGAUAAGAGGAACUGAUAUCUUCAUGACAGAAGAGCAGAAAAAAUACUACAAUGCCAUGAAGAAACUUGGCUCCAAAAGGCCACAGAAACCAAUUCCUAGGCCUACGAACUGCUUCCAAGGUUUGGUAUUUGACCUGGUCACCAAGCAGUUCUUUGACAUCUUCAUUAUGGUGAUGAUCUGCAUGAACAUGGUGACCAUGAUGGUGGAGACAGAUGACCAGAGUGAAGAGAAGGAAUAUAUCCUGUUCCUUAUCAACUUGGUCUUCAUCAUACUCUUCACCGGGGAGUGCAUUCUCAAGAUCACCGCCUUGCGCUAUCACUACUUUUCCAUUGGGUGGAACAUUUUUGAUUUUGUUGUGGUCAUUCUUUCAAUUGCAGGUCUUUUGCUGGCAGAUCUCAUCGAGAAGUACUUUGUGUCGCCUACGCUGUUUCGUGUCAUCCGACUGGCCAGAAUUGGCCGCGUCCUGCGGCUCAUCCGGGGUGCCAAAGGAAUCCGGACGUUACUGUUUGCGCUGAUGAUGUCACUUCCUGCCCUCUUCAACAUCGGCUUGCUUCUAUUCUUAAUCAUGUUUAUUUUCUCCAUAUUUGGCAUGUCCAACUUUGCCUAUGUGAAAAAAGAAGCGGGCAUCGAUGACAUGUUUAAUUUCGAGACCUUCGGGAACAGUAUCAUAUGUUUGUUCAUGAUCACAACCUCCGCCGGCUGGGAUGGUUUGUUGUCACCUAUACUCAACAGCCCACCAGACUGCGACCCGGAUGUGGAGAACCCGGGAUCGCCUGUCCGAGGAAACUGCGGCAAUGCUGCGGUAGGCAUCGUCUUCUUCUGCAGCUACAUUGUCAUGUCCUUCCUCGUCGUGGUCAACAUGUACAUAGCCAUUAUCCUGGAAAACUUCAACGUAGCGACGGAAGAAAGCAGCGACCCCUUGUGCGAGGAUGACUUUGAGAUGUUCUAUGAAACCUGGGAGAAGUUCGACCCCACCGCCUCUCAGUUCAUCGCUUACAGUAGCCUGUCUGAAUUCUGCGACACUCUGAAAGACCCCCUGAGAAUCCCGAAACCGAACACCCUUACGUUGAUAACAAUGGACCUUCCCAUGGUCCCUGGCGAUAAGAUCCACUGUCUGGACAUUCUCCUGGCCCUCACUACACAUGUGCUGGGAGAUUCUGGCCAGAUGGAUGCCAUGAAAGCAACUAUGGAGGAGAAGUUCAUGGCCAACAAUCCCUCGAAGGUUUCGUACGAGCCCAUCACCAGCACUCUCAGACGGAAGCAAGAAGAAGUGGCCGUUUCGACCAUUCAAAGUGCCUACCGUAAGCACGUCCUCAAACGUGGCCUCAAACACGCCUCAUAUAUGUAUAGAGAGAAGACAAACUCAAAGAGACACGGUGAAGAGGCUCCAGAAAAGGUGGGGAUGAUUGCUAAGAAAAUGAGUCAUCUGUAUGGAGAUCAAUCCAUUGAGGACGACAAACCUACGAGUUUCUCCUUCUCUCAACAUGGGAAACCACUGUAUGGUGUUAAGCGUCACCCAGUGAGAGUACAGAGGGAUGUGGUCUUGCACUCUGCUCCUUUUCCCGCUCCUGACUCCUCAACCACUGCAGAAAAAUUGAGGGAGUCCAUUGUGUAACAGGUUUAAGCCAUACUCUACACGUAAGCUUUGGAAAGCCCAGCAAUACAGAGCACUUUUAGGAGAUUGUUUGUUCAGGGUUAUACCUCGGCACACAACAGCCAGUAUGAAGGAAAUUCAUGGAGUCAGUACGGCGAAUGGCAACGAGUUAUAAUCAAUAUUACUAAUGCAAUCGAUGGUUCCUCCGAGUACUGCCCUUGAGAAGACGAUCACCAAUUGUUUGUCUAAUGGCACUGAAAAUGGUUGAGCUCUUAGUGCAGACAUCAAUGAUUUUCACGCACAGAGCCUGAAAUAACAACGUUUUUAAAAUAAAAAUGGUAAUGAUUAAUACUAAUCGUUCAAAAUAGAUAGAACAGGAAGGAAAACCCAUGAGUUUCCAUAAUACCUGGCAAAGCCUAAAAUAAAUAGUGUUUUAAGAGUAUAUUAAAGAUCAUUUUUGUAGUAUCUGACUUUUACUUUUUAUCAGAAUUUUUCACAGUUCAAUGUGACUAGUAUUUAAAAUAAACUCAUUUGCACUAAAUAAAAAUAACAUUGGUAAAAUGGCCUAAUAAUCAGUAUUUAACAAUAUUAGUCUUAACAGUUAACUGUAAAAAUAUAUAUAUAUAUAUAUUAGCCUUAAUACACACUUUACUAACUGCAGUAAAUCAGGUUUUUAUUCUGGUAGUAUUUUAAACCUUGAAUCAAAUAAAAGCAGAAUCUCUAGUUGGGCCAAAGACAAAAAUAUGACUCUUAAGAUUAAUUAAGUCAGACCAUAAAACACAUAAAUUGUAAAGAGUCUUCCAAACAGUUAGUUACCCAGCUGAACAUAUUGGAAAUAUGGAUUCUGUUAUGUUUAAAUUGCCUAAUGAGCUUUUUUGGUGUGCAGGGUGUACUUGCAAAUUGUUUAUCGCAAGUAUAUAGUCUCAGAAAUCUUUGGCUUCUUUAUGUAGGUUAUUUUUUUACUUUUAGAUAUCAUUUAUUAUGAAUCAGAUAGGCAGUUGUGUUCUGAAUGUCAAGUUGUUCAGCUCAGUUGUAUAGUGAUAAUGGAUAUGAUGACAAUAUACAGAGAAUAUUUUAUAGAUGAAACUAUGCAAAGGACUGCUUGAACAAGGCAUAUUAUGUCGGAAAAACUACAUGUAUGAAUGGAUGUGUCAGGGUCGGAAGAAAAAAAAAUAGCUAUAUUUUUCUAAGCAUUGUGUGUAUGAAGUUCUGUGGACACAGUUCUCAUGUCUACUAUGUCUCCACAGACUGACCUAAUGUGACUCUUAGCAUCCCUAUCAUGUUUUACUGUACCUAUACUCAUCCAGCAUUCAGUUACUCACUCAUAAAUGUUUUGACAUUUUUAUGAUCAACAUUUUAUU